GUCGGUCGUCGACAUCUCAUUCCAAUAGUCCCAGGAGCGCAGCAUGUCUCGCUUAUCCGUGCUUGCCUCAAUAUUCGCUGUAUUGGCGUUUUUCGCAUGGCGGAAUGGCCGUGCGUGGCGGGCGUUCAUCAUCUCGACGCCUGAUUUCCCUGUGGGAUACUACGCUGACGGGGACCACACCGCGCAGUGUGAAAUCGUACGAGACGAACCGGGGAACGAUCUCAAGUUCUGUGAAGACGCUACAUUCUGGGACCGCGUGGACGACGCGGGCGGGCUGCAGGACAGGAUCCUUCUGAUGAGCUGCGACCCCGGGCGGAGGAAAUGGAACACCGUCAUGGGACCCCUGCAUGACCCUGUCCCCGCUGGAGCGCUGUGGGUGCACCGCACGCGCGAUGCAACUGGCAGGCCCCAGCGUGUCGUGUUCGAAAAAUACCCACAGGGACACGACUUCCACCCCCUAGGCGCCGAAGUCUACCCUUCCCAUCCGGGCAAGGCGUCGAACCUGUUCGUCGUCAACCACGCACGCCGGGAGACGACCAUCGAGCAGUUCACGAUGCAGUGGGACACGCCCACCCGCGCGACGUGGGUCCGCACGCUCUCCUCCCCGUACUUCGUCUCCCCGAACGCACUCGCGCUCACCUCGCCCACCUCGUUCUACGUGACCAACGACCACCUGCUCACGCGCCGCCUGCCCUCCGUCCUCGGCCAGACCCUCCCUCUCGCAGAGACGCUCCUCGGGCUCCCCCUCGGCUGGCUCGCGCACGUCACAGUGAACGACCCCGCCCCCGGCGAAGCCCCAACAAUCACACACUCGCUCGCCCGCCUCGGGAUCCCGUUCGCCAACGGCGUCUCCAUCUCCCCAGACGGCACAACCGUCGCCGUCGCCUCCACCUCCCUCGGCCAAGUCCUCUUCUACACCCGCAACGCCUCGAGCAACGCGCUCGCCCCCGCCGCGCGCGUCCCGAUGCCCUUCACCCCGGACAACAUCGCGUUCGACGACGCGGGCGCCCUCCUCGUCGCCGGGCACCCGCACUUCCCCUCGCUCACCGCCGUCGCCCGCAGCGUCGCCGGCGCGCGCGCGCCGAGCUGGGCGAUGGCCCUCACGCCCCGCCCGCAGGCGCCCGCCGGCGCGGCCCUGCCAGAUGCGUACGACGCGCGGGCCCCGGUCCCCGCGGCGCGCAAGGCGCCGCCCGCGCGCAGCCACGAGGCGCAGACGCUGUACCAGAGCGACGGCACGGCGUUCUCGUCGUCCUCGACUGCGCUGAGGGACGCCACCACGGGCAGGCUAUAUGUCACCGGGCUGUACGAAGAGGGCUUCCUCGUGUGCGCGCCUGACAAGGCGAGCCGGGGUGCGCGCGCGCGGGGUUAAGUUAUGCGUCUAAGAUAUGUGGUUCGCGGUCGAACGUAGAUUCUGUGUUUGGGUGCUGUAAAGAUAGACGGCGAGAUACCGUGAUAAUUCACCGAGUGCAUCCGAUC